GUGGUAUUAUCUGAUGUUUUUUCCUCUUUGCUUUUCUUUGUAGAUAAGAUGCUCCCAAGUCCCUUGCAGCUCUCUUCAGAAGAAAAAUCACUAGUGCUCUGCUCUUGCCGUAAUACCAAACCUUUUUGACUCAUGCUUUGGUGCUGCAACACUGGAAGAAUUGCACACAAUUUCCAGGAAUAUCUUUUUUUCAUUUGAGUGAUUCUUUGUGGAUGAAAAAGAUUUGAGUCUUAAUAAUUACCUUGUUUUAAAGCUAUUUUCUUUAUAGUCUGAACUGCUUAAUAAAUUGGGCCACUUACCAAUGAGCCACACAGCCAGUUCUUGUCAGGAACUGGUUGAAAACUGUGCUGUGCAUGUAGCAGGAAUGGCACAAGAAGAUAGCCGUCGUGGUCAAGUGCCAUCUUCCUUUUAUCAUGGUGCCAACCAAGAACUUGACCUGUCCACCAAAGUGUACAAAAGGGAGUCAGGAAGUCCUUAUUCUGUGUUAGUGGACACCAAGAUGAGCAAGCCACAUCUCCAUGAAACAGAAGAACAGCCGUAUUUCAGGGAGACAAGAGCAGUGUCUGACGUGCAUGCUGUUAAGGAAGACCGGGAGAAUUCUGAUGACACAGAAGAGGAAGAGGAAGAAGUCUCUUACAAAAGGGAGCAGAUCAUAGUGGAGGUAAACCUUAAUAAUCAAACAUUAAAUGUGUCUAAAGGGGAAAAGGGUGUCUCUUCUCAGUCCAAAGAGACUCCUGUUCUUAAGACAAGCAGUGAGGAGGAAGAGGAAGAGAGUGAGGAAGAGGCCACAGAUGACAGCAAUGACUAUGGAGAGAAUGAAAAGCAGAAGAAAAAGGAGAAGAUAGUAGAGAAAGUCAGCGUUACACAAAGGAGAACCAGGAGAGCUGCCUCUGUUGCCGCAGCUACCACUUCCCCUACUCCCAGAACUACAAGAGGUCGUAGGAAGAGUGUAGAGCCACCUAAGCGUAAGAAGCGGGCCACAAAGGAGCCCAAAGCACCAGUCCAGAAAGCUAAGUGUGAAGAGAAAGAGACUCUGACCUGUGAGAAGUGCCCCAGGGUAUUUAACACUCGCUGGUACCUGGAGAAGCACAUGAACGUUACUCACAGGCGCAUGCAGAUUUGUGAUAAAUGUGGCAAGAAGUUUGUCCUGGAAAGUGAGCUGUCCCUUCACCAGCAAACAGACUGUGAAAAAAACAUUCAGUGUGUUUCCUGUAACAAAUCGUUCAAGAAACUCUGGUCCCUUCAUGAGCAUAUCAAGAUCGUCCAUGGAUAUGCAGAAAAGAAAUUUUCCUGUGAAAUUUGUGAGAAGAAAUUCUAUACCAUGGCUCAUGUGCGGAAACACAUGGUUGCACACACAAAAGACAUGCCAUUUACAUGUGAAACCUGUGGAAAAUCAUUCAAACGCAGUAUGUCACUCAAGGUGCACUCCUUGCAGCAUUCUGGAGAGAAGCCCUUCAGAUGCGAGAACUGUGACGAAAGGUUUCAGUACAAGUACCAGCUACGCUCCCACAUGAGCAUUCAUAUUGGGCACAAACAGUUCAUGUGCCAGUGGUGUGGCAAGGAUUUCAACAUGAAGCAGUACUUCGACGAACACAUGAAAACACACACUGGAGAGAAACCCUUUAUCUGUGAAAUCUGUGGCAAAAGCUUCACCAGCCGCCCCAACAUGAAGAGACACCGCAGAACUCACACAGGCGAGAAGCCCUAUCCAUGUGAUGUGUGUGGCCAGCGGUUCCGCUUCUCGAAUAUGCUUAAGGCCCACAAGGAGAAGUGCUUUCGGGUGACCAGCCCCGUGAAUGUGCCACCUGCUGUCCAGAUCCCACUUACAACUUCCCCAGCCACCCCAGUUCCUUCUGUGGUGAACACACCCACAACCCCAACCCCUCCAAUCAAUAUGAAUCCUGUAAGCACUCUUCCCCCUCGGCCCAUCCCCCACCCCUUCUCACACCUGCACAUCCACCCACACCCUCACCACCCGCACCACCUUCCCAUCCCUCCAGUCCCUCACCUCCCCCCACCUCCAGCCCUCUUUAAGAGUGAGCCUUUAAAUCAUAGAGGCCAGAGUGAUGACAGCUUUCUGCGGCACCUGGCAGAGAAGAACAGUUCAGCACAGCAUCAUUAACAUCCGUCUCCUUAGUGUGUUCUCCAGGAGACACGUCCCCAUGUGUGAGCGUGCACAGAGGGAGUCAGUGAGCAUUUCCUUAGUUCUCAGACUCUCCUCCCGCCUCUACCAAGAGCUUCGCCAGUGUCACUGAAUCAACAGAUCCAAGGGAAUGAACAAGAAGACUACCUUGAGCUCACAGAGGGACUGUCUAAUCUAAACCAAGGGAACCACUGAACUAAAGCCCAAUUUGCUUGCAUUUUCUGAUGACUUUUAUAAGUUUCAAAUACUCAGACUUGUGGAAUUUUAUAAUUUCAUAUCAGCUGAUGAGGUAUGCUUGCUUUUAUAUCCCGGACUUCUCCUCAAAGAGGGGAUAGGCCUGGUUUCCUUUGUACUAAUCGGGAAGGCUGUGAGAUUAAUCCAGAGCAUUAAUUGUAUCACUGUGUAUGGUAAGGAAUUCUUUUCAGCUUUUGGUGCCAGCUACAGAGUUGAGCUGGCCAUGAUUCACAGUAUAUCAAGCAUUAUAGAGAAAGACAAAUUUUCUUCGUGUAGCUCUCCUAACGCACUGUUUAUUUUACUACAGAAAUUAUUUUAGAGUUUUUGUAUAGACUUCUUUAGUAGUCUGUUUCUAAAAUGAAAUGUAUUUCAAUAAGCGGUGUAAUUUUUUCAGUGUAGCUGAACCUAUGUUGUAAAAUAGAAAAAAAAUUUUAUAAUCAUCAAAAUGUGAUUCUUAAAGAUGCAUAUAACUUCUAUAAUUCAAAGUUAUUCUUACAUCCGUACAACUCAAAAGGUGCUUCAGAGACUAGAUGUAUCUGAGAGGGUCUCCACACCAGGUUACUGCAAAAACGAGGUUUUGCUUUCAGGAUUUGGCAUAAAUACUUGGUAGUUUUGACAUCUCUGUGUAACACUCAGAGAGGCUCCCUAAUGUGCUCCUGUCCUCCGUGUUCUACUUGGCUUCGUUAGUGCAUUACAUGAAAUGAUUUGCAGGGGAUGGGGCCUUUUCCAGGGAAGUCACCUAAAGCUUCCAUGUUUUGAACAUUUGAAUAAGGCUGUUUGCUGACAGGAGGAGGAAGUAGUGGAGAUCGUUUAAUCUCAGUCACGUCUGUUUCUCACUUCCCUUAGGAACUGUGUUCAUGUUUAGCUUUUUAUGGAAUGACAAGUUGAAAUCUCUCAUUUUGAGGUUGCUUUAUUUUUCUAGAAUUGUUAUAAGAAGCUAAAAUAGUAAACUUAAAAUCAUAAACAUGAUGUUGCUGAUAGUGGCUGAGAAAUUCAGAUGAGAAGGCAAAUUGGUUAUGAAUUUUGAAAUAUCGAUUAUAUGUGAAAUAUGGAUAUGUUCAUAACCUUGAGCUAUUUUAACACAGUAAAUAGUAGUGAGGGAAAACUCCUAAGUUUUACUGCCCUGUCCUCUGCAAAUUAUGUAAUACCAGCAUUCUUAGGUGAUAAAGAGAGCAGCACCUCUAAUACCUUUAGGCAGAUUACUUUUUCAAGUUUGGGGAACUUCAAAAGAACGUAAUCAACCAGGAGCUUAUUAUAGGAAAGGCUGAACAGAAGGGCUAGUGUAUUGAUUACACUUAACUGAUCAAAUUUAUCCAGACUCAUUAUAGCUUAAAAUUUUGUAUUUCUUUAUCUCAGAUAACUGAGUUCCCAGGCUAAAUCACUUACCUCCCACCCGCUCUCCAAUUUUUUUUUUUUUUUUUUUUUUUAAAGACAAGGUCUCGCUAUGUUGCCCAGGCUAGAGUGCAGUGGCUAUUCACAGGUGCAACUAUAGCACACUACAGCCUCCAACUCUUGGGCUCAAGCAAUCCUGCCUCAGCUAACCAAGUAGCUGGGACUACUGGCACACACUACCAUGCCCAGUCCAUUUUUAAAUCUUGAAAUUUCUUCAUUUUUCUUUCUUCAGGUUCUUAAAAUCAUUGCCUGAAUCAGAAUGCUGGCUUUUAUUUUUUUUUAUUUUUAAUGUUAAAUGUGCAGAUCUGCUUUGAGCACUUUCCUAGCUAAUGAGCUCUGUGGUAGGAAAAAUGGAACUCUUUCAACUGAGAUUAAGUCCGUAUUUUUUAAACAUCACGCUCUCUAUUAGCUUUUUGGUUUAAUGUUUCUAAAUUUUCUCCUUCUGAUUUUGCCUGUCUUGUAUAAUGAGCAUAGGAAACUUUUGGAAUGAGGCAGAAAAGUAUCUCAAGAUAUACUUUUCUUCCUGGUUUUGGAUGUAAGUUUUAAAAAUAGUAUUUUUAAUAUUUGUACACAUUCUUUGAGCACCCAGUUAUCCAAGCCAAUGAGGAAAGUUAAUUCCUUGCAUUUGACGGUUAUAUCUUUAGUGGUUGUCUCCCCUCCCUCCACAGUCUCCUUGGCAUUCCAUGACAAGUUUGUCAACCUACACUUUUAUAUAGACAUAUCAUUAUUUCAUGGUCAAGCCUGUAGUAUUAAAAUGAUUUUUUUUAAAGAUGUAAA